CAGUGUGUUGAACGUCACUGCAAUAAACUAUCGAUAGAAACGCUGCAGUGCAUGAAACAAACCUUUGUUCCCGCCGAUCGGGAGUUCCACCGCACUCGAAAGAUGAGCUAUAUACCCCUGCUGUCGCUGUGCCUUAUCCUGCUGGCGAUCCUGCCGCAGCCCCUCCAGUCGCUGGAGCCCCUGUCCAUGGGUAUCAUUGGCCUCGGCGCUAUGGGCUUCGGUGCAUACUUCAAGGAAUAUACAUAUUGCAAGUUUACCGAGUGCUGCGAUGACCGAAGUAUUCCGGCACGGAUAGACCUAUUAAAAAGGUCACUGGACGAAACCCUCAUUGGCCAGCACAUUGUGAAGCAGCACGUCGUAUCGGCUCUGAAGGCGCACAUCAAUGCGAACAGCAAGUCCCGGAAGCCGCUGGUCAUCAGCUUUCACGGACAGCCCGGUACGGGCAAGAAUUUUGUGUCGGAGCAGAUAGCGGAUGCCUUGUAUUUGUUGGGCUCCAAGUCGAGUUAUGUAACCAAGUAUCUCGGACAGGCGGACUUUCCCAAUCAAAGUAUGGUGGACGCCUAUAAAAAUAGAAUCAAUAUUGAGGUGCGCAACAGCUUGCGCCGCUGCCCGAGAUCCUUGUUCAUCUUCGACGAGGUGGAUAAGAUGCCCAGCGGCGUCUUCGAUACGCUCACCUCGCUGGUGGACUACAACGCCUUUGUGGAUGGCACGGAUAACACAAAGGCCAUCUUUAUCUUCCUCUCGAAUACGGCGGGCAGCCAUAUAGCCGGACAUCUGGGCAGUGUAAUGAUGAAUGGUAUGCUGCGGGAGGACACACGCCUGAGUGACUUUGAGCCCUUGUUGAUGAAGGCCGCCUACAACAUGGAUGGCGGUCUAAGGAGGACCACCAUGAUCGAGUCCCACGUUAUCGAUCAUUACAUUCCGUUUCUUCCGAUGGAGAAGGGGCAUGUGGUCAAGUGUCUGGAGGCGGAGUUCUAUAGGUUGAAUCACAAUCCCGAACGAACUGAAAACCAGAAAAUCAUCGAGGAUAUCAUAAGCUCCUCGAUUAGUUACGAUCGCACGCACGGCUUGUUUGCCAUUUCAGGUUGCAAGACGCUGGAGAAGAAGGUUUCCAUGGCCAUUAACUGAGAAAGGGCCGACCGCCAUUACUUGUAAGACGUACUUCAAAUGUGGCUUUAUAUUGUAAAACUAUUUUUCGUAAUAAAUCGAACAAAAAUUAA